AUGGCGUCCUCCACCGCGGCCUCGCCGCUCACCUGCCACCACCUCGGCAGCGUUGGCGCCCGCCCCAGCCUCCCGUCCCUCUCCUUCCCCCUCCGCCGCCGCUCCUCCUCCUCCUCCUCCUCUAAGCCCAUCUCCCUCUCCCACUCCCUCCCCUCCAAGCCCUCGCUGGCCCCACACCCCGCCGCAUCCGCAUCCGCAUCCGCAGCCUCCCGCCGCGGCCUCACCCCCGUCUCCGCCUCCGCCUCCGCCGCGGCCGCCCCAGCCCCGGACCCGGUCCCGGCUCCGGCUCCGGCUCCGGCCCCGGCGCCGGCCGCCCCGCCGAAGAAGCCCGCGCUGCAGGGCGCAGCCAUCCAGCCGCUCCUCGCCUCCCUCGCGAUCGGCGUCCUCAUCUGGUUCGUCCCGGCCCCCGCCGGCGUGCCCCGCAACGCGUGGCAGCUCCUCGCCAUCUUCCUCUCCACCAUCGUCGGCAUCAUCACCCAGCCGCUGCCCCUGGGCGCGGUGGCCCUGCUCGGCCUCGGCGCCGCCGUGCUCACCAAGACGCUCACCUUCGCCGCGGCCUUCUCGGCCUUCGGCGACCCGAUCCCCUGGCUCAUCGCGCUCGCCUUCUUCUUCGCGCGCGGGUUCAUCAAGACCGGCCUCGGCUCCCGCGUCGCCUACGCCUUCGUCGCCGCCUUCGGCUCCUCCUCGCUCGGCCUCGGCUACUCGCUCGUCUUCGCCGAGGCGCUCCUCGCCCCCGCCAUCCCCUCCGUCUCGGCGCGCGCGGGCGGCAUCUUCCUGCCGCUCGUCAAGUCGCUCUGCGAGGCAUGCGGCUCGCGCGCCGGCGACGGCUCGGAGCGGAAGCUCGGGGCCUGGCUCAUGCUCACGUGCUUCCAGACCUCCGUCGUCUCGUCGGCCAUGUUCCUCACCGCCAUGGCGGCCAACCCGCUCUCGGCCAACCUCACGGCUGCCACCAUCGGCCAGGGGAUCGGCUGGACGCUCUGGGCCAAGGCCGCCAUCGUGCCGGGGCUGCUGUCGCUCGUGCUCGUGCCGCUCAUUCUGUAUGUGAUCUACCCGCCGGAGGUGAAGGCCAGCCCCGAUGCGCCACGCCUGGCCAAGGAGCGGCUCGCCAAGAUGGGACCCAUGAGCACGGAGGAGAAGAUCAUGGCCGGCACGCUGCUGCUUACGGUUGGUCUUUGGAUCUUUGGAGGAAUGCUGAAUGUGGAUGCGGUGUCUGCAGCAAUUCUUGGCCUAGGAGUCCUCCUAAUCACAGGGGUUGUCACAUGGAAAGAGUGUUUGGCAGAGUCUGUGGCAUGGGAUACGCUUACAUGGUUUGCAGCACUUAUAGCAAUGGCUGGCUACCUCAACAAAUACGGGUUCAUCUCUUGGUUCAGUGAGACUGUUGUGAAGUUUGUUGGAGGGCUUGGCAUGUCAUGGCAAGCCUCAUUCGGUGUCUUGGUGCUGCUGUACUUCUACUCUCACUAUUUCUUUGCCAGUGGUGCUGCACACAUCGGAGCAAUGUUCGCCGCGUUCCUGUCAGUGGCGAGUGCCCUGGGCACCCCGCCGCUCUUUGCUGCCAUGGUUCUUUCAUUCCUCUCGAACCUCAUGGGUGGCACCACCCACUAUGGCAUUGGCUCUGCUCCUGUCUUCUAUGGCGCCGGGUAUGUCCCAUUGGCUCAAUGGUGGGGCUAUGGGUUUGUUAUCUCUGUCGUGAACAUCAUCAUCUGGCUUGGGGCGGGCGGCUUCUGGUGGAAGAUGAUUGGGCUGUGGUGA